UGUAAUCAAGAUGGCGCUUCGGGAGCUGAGCUCGCUUGAGAGAUUUCUAGGAUUAAAAAAGCCAAAUAAAUACAGCACGCAGGGAGGCAAAAAGGUCCCUGUUCUCCAAAACAACAACGGACCUGCAUUGAUUGGUCUGGUCACUAUAGCAUCUCAUCUGGUCCAUGAGGCCAAGAGAGCUGAGCUGCUAGGAGACAGCGCUGAACAGAGGGCCGUGGUCCAGCAAUGGAUCGAACACAGAAUAACACGAGUGGACAACUGUUCGAAAGAAGAGGUCAAAGUUAUAUUGAAGGAACUUAACCAAUACCUGGAGGAUAAGGUUUACCUGGCUGGGAACAUCUUCACCCUGGCAGACAUCCUCAUGUAUUACGGCAUUCACCACAUUGUUAUGGAAUUGGCUAUACUGGAGAAAGAGCAUUAUCUGAAUGUCACCCGGUGGUUUGAUCAUAUCCAGCACUAUCCAGGCAUACGACACCAUUUGCCUCCUGUGGUGGUUCUGAGGAACAGAGUUUACCCGAUUGGUCACCACUGAAAGUUUUGAUAACUACUUGUGGGAUGUCAAAUAAGCAAGACCUUAAGGUCACCAUAUCAGAGCUCAACUAACACACAGAGCUGUCCCUUUGCAUUUUACUCCACAAUCCCGAUGGUAACCCAAACAGCCAGGACAAGUGAAGCUGGUCUUUUUUUGUUUUGUUUUGUGUUUUUUGCAAGCUGGUUCAUUGGCCACUAGUCAUGUUUUUGUGAAUGUGAAUUGUCGUUAAAUUGAUGUGGAUUGAAAGUAACUCAGCAUGAUCAAUGAGAAUAGUGACUGUGGUGUUAAUGGUACAGCAUUUAAUUCUAAUGAUAACAUGAAUAUUUAAAAUAAAUACAUUUAUUACUUGCUUUUUCCGAUAAGUUGUCAGCAAUUCGACUAAGAUAAUAUUGAAAGAAAUGUCCGACUUGUCCCUAAUGCUUUUUUUGAACCCACCCCAUUUUCUUCCGCUGUUCAUCUCUUUCUCGUUGUGUCAGCCCUGGUGUGGGCAGUAGUCUGGGGUUUGACAGGAUGGCAUGUUGCUCUGGGGCAGCGGCUGACUACCAGCUGUAGCCACACAGACAGCACUGGUGUAAUCGGAUUUUCAUGUACUUUUCACUCCAUCCUCAACCAGUGUGUCAUUUUCCCCAAAAUCCCCUUCUGCGGUGUCCAUAGAUUCUUUAGACAUGUCAACUUAAUCCAGUUCUGUGUUAUAUCACUGGCUGCAUCAAAGGUUUUCAAUGUUUAAAAUGUUUUCGAGUGUCACAGUGGAGCAUAGAAGGUCUGCUUGUGCUUUUAAUGCACAAAAUGAAAGCAUUUUGAAAAAGGGUUUAGGACAACAAUGUUUUUUUUUUGUUAUGUUGUUUUUCCCAGUUCCAGGAGACUUGUUUCUGAGAACAUUGCAGCUUCAUUGAUCAUUAAACCGGUGACUCAAAACAUCUUUUGGGAAACCAAGUGCUUCAUACAAUGUACAACAUGUGGCCAAUCUGAUUUGGAGCUGUCCAUAGCCUUUAUGGUUGAAAAUCCUCUUCUUAUGAAAGGGAGAUGUGUUUUUGCACGUUUACUUAUCUGCUGUGCAUAUGCUGACAAAAAGAUCUCUCUGUUCUUUUUAUUAUACUUCCUUUCCUGUAAGCCUUCUUUAUGAAAUGUCUGCUGUUCUCAAGCUCAAGUUUGUGUUCUUUAAUGUCAACAGAAUGUUGUCCUGUGCCAAUAAAUGAACAAGGAAAAACAGAA